UGAUGUGAAAUAGUAGUUCAUUACCUUUUAUAACGUAACAAAAUUCGGUAAGGCACCAAUUUUGAUUAAAAUAGGAUUGUCCCGGUGCGUGUCUGCAAUGUGGUGACUGUAGCCGCACGAUGCGCUAUAUAGGAAACUGACGCCGCAAUUUAUGCUCAUUUUAAUAAACGUUACCGCAAAACAAAGAGAUAGCAUAAAAUACGAUGUAUCACGUUACUGUUGUUCUCUUAGCUUUCACUUUAUUUCUGUUGUAUUAUUUGACAACGAGAAAAUUCAACUAUUGGAAAAUAAGAGGAGUCCCGUAUGAGAGUCCUCUGCCGCUGUUUGGUAACUACCUGCAGUACAUCUGCAUGAGGCGACCCUCAUUUCUGGUCGCUCAGCAGCUGUGCGAGCGCUACCCCGAGGCGCCGCUCGUGGGCGCCUUCUACGGCACCCAGCCCGCUCUACUGCUACAGGACCCCGACCUUGUCAAGCUCGUUACCACCAAGGACUUCUACUACUUCAAUAGCAGGGAGGUCGCCGACUACACGCCCCGCGAGGCGGUCACGCAAAACCUUUUCUUCACUUACGGUGACCGAUGGAAAGUGAUACGUCAAAAUUUGACGCCUCUGUUCACUUCCGCUAAAAUGAAAAACAUGUUUUAUUUAAUAGAGAAAUGUACGCACCAAUUAGAAGUUCUGAUAGAGUCUGAGUUGUCGGGGGCGAGGGCGGGGGCGAGGGCGGGGGCGAGCGAGGGGGCCGAGCUGGACAUGCGGCAGCUGAUGGCGCGCUUCACGAUGGACUGCAUCGGCUCCUGUGCUUUCGGCAUUGAGACUAACACACUGGUCAAGAGCGAAGAGCCCAAUCCUUACAGGGUCAUGGGGGACAAAAUUUUCGAAAACUCUUUCGACCGGGGCUUCCGACUGGCAUGCCGCGCGAUGUGGCCCGCCGUGUUCUACGCUCUGCGUUUCCGCGUCUUUCCUGAGGAGAUAAUACGUUUCUUCAAGACGAUGCUAGUAAAAGUGUUCGAGCUGCGCGGCUACAAGCCCGCGAAAAGAAACGAUUUCGUCGAUCUCCUGCUCGAUCUGAGACAAAACCGAUACUUGGUCGGCGAGGGCAUCACUACUUACAAAAACGGGGAAGGACGACAGGUACGGCUCGAGCUGGAUGAUGAGACGAUGAGCGCGCAGUGUGUGGUGUUCUUCGCGGCCGGGUACGAGACCUCGGCGACGACACUAGCUUACACGCUACACCAGCUGGCACUGCACCCCGCCGUGCAAGACAGGGUGAUCGCGGAGGUAGAGGAGUUCCUCCGGCGGCACGACGGCCGCAUCACCUACGAGUGCGUGAACGAGCUGCCGUACACGACGGCGUGCGUACAGGAGACGCUUCGCCUUUUCCCCGUACUAGGAAUCGUCACGCGCGAGCUGUUCGAGGACCACGCACUGCCCAACGGCCUGCAGCUCGAGCGGGGCUUGCGCGUGCACAUCCCCGUCUACCGUUUGCAUCGCAAUCCUAAAUAUUUCCCGGAACCUGACAAAUUUGAUCCGGAACGUUUUCUCGGCGAACGAAAAAAAACGGUGCAGCCUUACACCUACAUGCCCUUCGGAGAGGGACCUAGGUUAUGUAUAGGGAUGCGGUUUGCCUGGAUGCAGAUGCUGGCGGGACUGGCGGCGGUGUUCCGGCGGCACGGGGUGGCGGAGGGGCGCGACACGCCGCACCCCGCCGACUAUCACUACGACCCUACCUCCAUUGUCACCAUCCCCACGCACCCCAUCAAACUCAAGCUGGUGCGCCGCGACCUUACGCUCUCAUCGUAAUGCCCUUUGUAAGUGCACGGUGCACCAGGGGCUGACAUUUUCUUAUUUAAAUACUAUUUCUAGCAAUAUGCACGGAAGUCGCAGGCAAAAGCUAGUUAAAAAAAUCUUGAAGAAAACAAACUGUGUCUGCCUAUUUACAUCUUAAUACUCAAUGCAAUAAACAGCAUUGUAUGUUUAAUACAUUUUACUCCCGCUUUACAUCCUCGGAAAAACAAGCUAUUGUUUGGCUUCGAAUUUGACCGUUUAAAUGUUUUUAAAGCUGACCUUAUCCGCAUAUAUGACGGUUUUGCAUUAUAUUAUAAAGUAUUCAGAUUUCAAUAGUAGCACGAUUAUAAGUAACUAAAUGUUGCUCGCGACUUUGCGUGAUUUAAAAAUACAAUAAAAGACAUAGCCUAUGUUACACACAGAUAAACUACCUUUCUAAUUGUGAUGGCAUUUUCAAAAUGGGCCCAGUAGUUGAAUAGUACUUGAAUCAAAUACAUACAAAAAUCCAAAAAUACAAAUGUUUCCUCUUUAUAAUAUUAGU